AUGGAAUGUUGGGAUUCUCUUGGCUUUUUAAUCAUUGCUCUCAGCUACAAUGUAACUAUCAUAGGGAAGAUUUGGUUAACUGUUGUGAUCCUGCUGAGAUUGAUGGUGAUAUUCUUAGCUGCCUACCCUCUCUACCAAGAUGAGCAGGAACGCUUCAUCUGCAACACCUUACAACCAGGAUGCUCCAAUGUGUGCUAUGACAUUUUUUCUCCGGUGUCCCACUUUCGGUUCUGGCUCAUUCAGACUGUGUCUGUUCUCCUCCCUUACGCCGUGUUUGGUGUCUGUGUGUUGCACAACGUGGUCAGGCAGGUUGUGAAGGCAUAUUCCUCUCCGGACCAUCGAUACAAAGAGAUCAAACCUUUGUCAGGCCACAAAGUCACAAAGAAAACUCCCAAAGGUGCAUCAAGGAGCAGAAUCACCUGCAGAGCAAACGAAAUGGAUAUUCCUGAUUUUUCAGGGGCGUAUACCGUUCACCUUCUUCUGAGAAUAUUGAUAGAGGCCGGUUUUGGAGCUGGCCAUUAUUAUCUCUUUGGAUUCUUUGUUCCAAGACGUUUCUCCUGUAAUCAGCUGCCUUGUACCAGUUUUGUUGAUUGCUACAUCUCCAGGCCCACUGAGAAAUCCAUUAUGAUGCUUUUCAUCUGGGGACUCAGCGGCUUCUCCUUUCUCCUUAGCCUCGUUGACCUUGUCUUUGCCUUUCGAACCAAUGCUGUAAGAAAUCGCAGAAAUAAGCUCCUGUUGGAAAGGUUCACGGCUGAGGAGAAAUGCAGUGCUGGCCCACAUCAAUGUGUCAAGCCAAACAAAGAUUUGCUCAGACACGGCAGCAUCUCCAUCCCUGAUGACUGUGGCAACUGUUUGCUCAGCUGUGAGGUUAAGGAAGGCUGCUCUUUUCAACCAAUGUUGACCCCGCAGCAAGCGAUAAACUCUAACCUCAACAGUAACAGCAAUAAGUUAUGCAUUGCAGCUACCAGUCAAGAUGGCAAGGGAGCGCCUUUCUUUGGACAUGAACCGCCAGAGACGUCCUACGAGCAGUCACGACCUGAGCAGCAGCAAGGCUCUCUAAAAGGGGUCUUGACUUUCAGAUCCCAGGACGGGUGCCACCAUAGAGCUCAUUCAUCUGCCAGUUGCAACAAGCCCUCGGUUCAUUAUUCUACACUUGAGAGGAAGGCGUCUGACGUUCAGUCCGUUUGCAGUAGUGCUGGGCGCUCAAGAUCCCAAAAGUCUGAAUGGGUGUAA